CGCGUGCGCUUCCGGAAGCCGGAAGCGGGAAGCCGGAAGCGGGCCCGGGAGCCCGGCUACCACAAGCGAUGGAGGGGCUCCCUGGGGAAGACGCCGAGUCCCAGGGCGCCGCGUGGAGCGGGGACAGCGGCCACGUGUCCCAGAGCCAGAGCAGCGCGUCGGGGCCCUGGGAGGACGCGGGCCCCGAGCCCGGUGCGCCGGGCCGAGACCUGGCGCUGCUGCGCCGCGCGGCCGCGAGCUAUGCCGCCUGCCUGCUCCCGGGGCCCGGCGCGCCACCCGAGGUGCAGGCGUUGGACGCCAGCCUGGAGGAGCUGCUGGCCCGCGUGGACGAGUUUGUGGGCAUGCUGGACAUGCUGCGCGGCGACUCCUCGCACGUCGUCCGCGAGGGCGUGCCGCGCAUCCACGCCAGGGCUGCCGAGAUGCGGCAGGUGUACGGCAAGAUCGACCGGCUGGAGGCCUUCGUGCGCAUGAUCGGCGCCAGCGUGGCGAGGCUGGAGGAGCAGGUGGUCCGCGCCGAGACCGAGCUGGGCGCCUUCCCCAGCCCCUUCCGCAGGCUCCUGCACACCAUGAGCGUGCCCGCCCUCUUCCACCGGGCGUCCCCGGGCCGGAACCCGCCGGGCCGGUACGAGCCCCCCGCCCUGUUUCGGACCGAAGACCACUUUCCCGGGCGCAGCGAAGCACCCCAGGUCUGAGGGGGCUGCAUCUCAUUGCAGAGGACCUGGUCUGAGCGGGCCCCUUGCCCUGGCCCGCGUGGCGUUGGGCCACGGGGGCGGUAAACUGUGGAGUGAGACCCAUUCACUCUUGGACCCGCCUUGGUGGUCUCACGUGUGAUGUGUGGUUUUUCUGUGUCUCCCGUGUCUAACCUGGAGGCUGCCGGGUGGGUCGGGAAUCGGGAGCAAACUGAACCUUCGGCCCAGGGCUGCAGGAGUGUUUCCUGUAGUGGGCCCUGCAGCUCCUGGCAUUGCCUCAUGGUUUACACACUCAUGUGUCCUAAGGAGGACCACAAGCCCUCCCCUUCAAGUCUGGCUCCUCCUCGUACUGCGAUUCGGGUUUCUGCAGCUUGUUCUUGGGGAGGGUCGGCGUUGGAUUAUUUGGCAUUAAACUUUCCCGUGUAGCAAUGGGUUUGUAAGCUGAGAAAGUGCAUGAAUGCAUUGGCGGCAGAUUCUGCAGUUGUAUUUGGUCACACUUGCCACAUCCCCAGCCCGCGUGCCCAUCACCUUAAUUUGUCCAAGCAGUAUUUAUAUGGUCUCUAUAUUGCAGCCAGUGUUUGGUUUCUAGUUAUUAAUACAUUUUGAGUCUUAUUGGAAA